AUGGAACUAUGGCGAGUGUCCACCGGCUUAACCAUGGUGGGCAAACUUGGCGUCAGUGUCUCGUACGCAGUUUUUCCAGUUUACUCAUCAGAAGUCUUCCCAACAGUUGUCAGAAACAUGGGGAUCGGGCUGGCCUCUAUGAUUGGCCGAGCAGGCGGGAUCCUCGCCCCCUUCGUGGCUCUGUUGGGGGAGUACUGGGCCCCCCUCCCCCUCCUCACCUUCGGCAUCCUCAUCUUCCUGGACGGAGUGGCCAUCUUGGCUCUGCCCGAGACACUGGGCGUCCCGUUACCGAACACACUGGAGGACGCUGAGAACUUGAAACGUGUGAGAGACAAGAAUUCAGAGAACACAGAGAGGAUCCUGUCAGAUGAACUCCAGAAGACUGAGAUUACACAGAUCUAUGAUAGGAUCACGGUUUUGUGAUCCAGGAUUCUGCUUUAAGAACUGUAAGGACAAAGACUCGGUCAACACUGUGUCUGCAUGGUGAAAAAAAUCAUGGUUCACCACAAUAUCUC